CAAUAAGACCAUCAGUUCUUGGUACUUCAUAUAUUUAUACAAGUAUAAAACAAAGUUUGUUAAAGCAACUUUUUAUGCAGUCAUUCUGUAUUGUUUUCAUCAGGUACAGCGCUAUUUGUGCGUCUUUCAGGCGUCUGCUGACUGAAAUAAACGUUUAGCCUAGCAGACAACGAUGUGAGGAACUAAUGUUAAAUACAUCAAGACCUGUCAUUUUGUGUUUUUGUAUGUGUUUAUGAUUAUUUCGAUUAUUUGGAGCAAUAAUGGUAUUGUUACUGAAUGCUACUUGGUCAAAUGUCAAAGCAUGAUCUAAGAGGGGAAUUAAUGGGAGUCAAUCUUGAUUUCUUCAAUGAAAGCAUUGAUUUGAUAACUGAUUUAUUUUUUAUUUUGGCAGUUUUUAGCCCCUAUCACACAGCAAUUCACCCACAGUUCACCAAUAAAUGCUGGAAUGUUCCCAUUAGUCUAAAAGUGAAGAAGAUAAAGUGUGUGAAAGAAAAUAAACAUGAAUGAUCCAGAGCCCUGCGGAAUAAAACAGGAAGAUAUUGAACAACAAAUAGACCUGAUAGAAGAGAACAAGGAGACUGAAGAACUGAUUGAAGAAGGGGAGAUACAUCAGGUCAAAACUGAAGGAACAUCCUGGAGUCCCUCAUUGAAAAACGACAAUAUAUGUUUCAUUUGCCCUCAGUGUGGAAAGUGUUUCUCGUCCAAGCAAAAUCUAGACCUUCACAUAAAAUUGCAUAAUGGAGGGAAGCCGUACGCAUGUGAUCAGUGUGAGAAGAUUUUCACAAUAAAAAGAAACCUGAUUGAACACAUGAAAAUUCACACUGCAGAGAAGCCACACACAUGUGAUCAGUGUGGGAAGAGUUUCCCACAAAAACGAAACCUUGAUGAACAUAAGAAAAUCCACACUCUGGAGAAGCCAUACACGUGUGAUCAAUGUGGGACGAGUUUCCCAUUUAAAGGAAACCUUGACGCGCAUAAGAGGAUCCACACUGGAGAGAAGCCGCACAAAUGUGAUCACUGCGGGAAGAAUUUUGCACAAAAAGGAAACCUUAACGUACACAUGAAACUCCACACUGGAGAGAAGCUGUACACAUAUCAGUGUUUGAAGAGUUUCACACAAGUACCUUUUAACGAUCAAGUGAAAAUCCACACUGCAGAGAAGCCACUCAAUUGUGAUCAAUGUGGGAAGAGUUUUUCACAAAAAGGAAACCUUAACGAACAUAUGAAAAUCCACACUGGAGAGAGGCCAUUCGCAUGUGAUCAGUGUGAGAAGAGAUUCACACAUAAAGGAAACCUUAAUGAACACAUGAAAAUCCACACCGGAGAAAAGCCGUAUGCGUGUGAUCAGUGUGGGAAGAGUUUUGCACAUAAAACAAACCUUAACGACCACAUGACAAUCCACACUGGAGAGAAACCACACACUUGUGCGCAGUGUGGGAAGAGUUACGCACGAAAAGGAGCCCUUAAUGAUCACAUGAAAAUCCACACUGGAGAGAAUCUGCACAUAUGUGAUCAGUGUGGGAAGAGUUUCAGAAAAUCAGGUGUUUUUAAAGUACAUCUGCUUACUCAUUCUAGAGAAAGACUGCAUAAUUGUGACCAAUGCGGUAAAAGUUUUUUUAGGGCAGAUUUCUUGAAGGACCACCUGAAAGUUCAUACAAAGGAGAAGCCUUAUGUAUGUUCUUUGUGUGGAAAGAGUUUUAGACAGACGAGUGCAUUAAAAAUACAUCAGAAAAGACACAGCGGUGUGAAGGAUCAUGCUUGCUCUGAGUGUGGGAAGUCUUUUUUUACAGAUGGUGCACUGAAAGUCCAUCAGUCAGUUCACACUCGAGAAACACCGUAUAAGUGUUCACACUGUGACAAGAGAUUCAAACGGUCAGGAUAUCUGAGAAUACAUGAGAGGAUCCACACUGGAGAGAAGCCGUAUCACUGCCACUCAUGUGGGAUGAGUUUCACUCAUUUAUCUUCUCUAAACCGUCAUAAAAAAAAAUGCAUGUCUGAAAUUACAAGUAGUAGUUCGAGUUCUGAUCUAUAAGACUGCAUCAAACAGUUGUUGAUAAUUGAUUCAUCAAAGGUUGUUGGAUCAAUUAAUCAACUGAUUGGUGCUUAUUUUACAGAUUAAUAAUUUAUUAUUUUAUUAUUAUUCAUUUGUCAUUCUUCAUGCUUUUAUAUUUUAUAUCACUUAUUCUUUUACUUAUUUCUUUGCUCUUGCGAUGCUUGCUAUUGUUGUUUAAUCUUAUGACUGUAUGGUUUUUAAGAGAUUAGAGAAUGUCAUCGUUUCAAGGUUUUUAAGCUGGCUUUUUCCAUUGUUUUUGCUUUGGUAUAAUAGCACUUGUUGGAUUUGUACUGGCCAGACGAAGUCUGAGCUUUUAGACACUUGCAUUCAGAUGAAGUCUGAGCAUUGAAACAAACGCAACUAAGAUUAUUCAAUAAACUGUGGUCUUUGUAAUAUCAUAACUUUGUCUUCUGCUCUUGCCUUUCUCAGUCAAACUUUCAGGUUAGAAGACUGUUAACAGAGUUUUGGGUUUCAGUUGACAGAUUUUACUGGUUUUGGACACCAGACAAAACAAUAUCAGAUAUCUUCUGACAGGGAUUCGGGAUCAGAUCUAAUAUGUGUGAUAUUUCUGAUUUCUAGAACCAUCUGAUCUAACACUGCUUUGCUUAGAACUGAAAUGGAAAAAACAUUUCCUCUCUUAUAAUGCAUUAUAGUGUUAAAAUAACCAAAACAAUGCUAAGCUGGACAAAGUUUUGUAAUCUAAUCAAACCAAACUAAUUUUUUGCUCUCAAAAAUAAAAAGACUCACUCACUGUUUU